UACACAGUGCACAGAGAGAAGGAAAAUUGUGCACUCUCUUCUUUGAAAUUUGUUAUAAGCUCCGAACAGUUCCAAAUAAUUCAUCCUAGCUGGUAGCUGGAGGAUUAUCUGCGAAUAUACAAUUUCUAAAAGCAAAAAUUGACCUUGACGGCGAUCGAUGCGAAUUGCGUCACUUGCAUCCUUAGCAUCCUAACUACAGUGUUGGUAAAGUACCUAAAAGAGUGGACGACACGACAAUGGAGAAAAAACAGCAGGACUGGCGGGAUAAGCACCAUACCCUUUCGAGCCAGCUGUGGUACAUGUACCAAAACCGCAUCAACACUGACAUUGAACUCCACGUGUUCAACGGCCAGAAGAGCCAGACGUAUCACUGCCACAAGGUGAUCUUGAUGCGCCUCAGCCCAGUGUUCGAGAAGCUAAUGUACGUUCCUGAGCAAGGCCAAGGCGGCGUCUUGAGCCUGACUGCCCUCCGACCCGAUCUCUUCGGCCUGCUGGUCAAGUACGCGUACACGGACGAAAUUCGAAUCAAAUCCAUCGUCGAUGCUCUUGAUUUGAUCAAACUGUGCAAGCUGUACGACGUGAGCCGCCUCAAAACUAAUGCCAUCAAUUACCUCCAACUCAACAUCAACACUAACACUGUUUGGUUGAUUCUCGACUUUUUCGACGAACUGAACAAGAAGGAAAAGGGGCUGCUCAGCAAGAAGAUUGACACGGUGCUAACGGAGCAAACGACCGCUUGUCUCGAGUCGGAUAAUUUCCUGUCGUGCAGUAACACGUCGUUGCAGCAUCUGCUGAGCAAAGAGGUGCUCUCGGUGGAGUCUGAGCUGCCGUUGGUGUUCGCCGUGCAGCGUUGGGCGCAGCGCUGCAACUCGGGCGUGACGCUCACGCCGGACAAGUCGAAGGAGUUGCUGGGCGCGUGCCUGUCGUCGGUGCGCUUCCUCAGCCUCACGCCGACUGAGUUCUCGGAGCACGUGGCCAAGUCCGGCCUGCUCACCGACUCGGACACGCUGCUGACGCUGCUCAGCAUCAGCACCAACGACGCCAACAUCCCAGGCUGGAUGUGUCCGCUGAAAUCCAAGCGCGCCCAGCCGGCCGCGGCGCCCAAGCAGCAGCCGCUCAUGCCGCAAGCCGGGCCUUCGUCCCCCGUCCCAAAGCAGCCGUUCAAAAAGCAGCCGCAGCCGGGCUUCAACAAAAACAACCCCAAGAAUAAGAAUUUCCGGCCCCAGCAGCAGCAACAGCAGCAGCAACAGCAGCCGCAACAGCAGGUUAAAGACCCUUUCCUGCCGCAGCUCAGCAUCAAGAGCAGGAAGAUCGAGACGGACAGGCACGACGCCAAGUCCAACAUGUCGAUGGUGCAGUUCGCCCUGGACAAGGAGACGUACCUGUUCAACGUGCACGUGCUGCUCACCGACGCAAUGAUGGCGGACAAGAAGAUUGGCGUCGAGCUCAGUCAUUUGCGCGUCAAAUUCUGCGAGUGGAAGGGCGCCGUGCUCGAGGCCACCGACUUCCCGCAGGCCAUCCUGCCCGCCUGGGUCACCCUGAAGAAGCCGCUCGCCCUCAAGCCCACGUCCGACUACCUGGUCGUCCUCUACACACCCCAGUCGUUCUCGUCUGUUGGCAUAAAAAGGCUUGAGGUCGAGCACAUCAGCCACACACUCAGAAUUUUCUUGUAAAUGUUAUUUUGUUUAAAAAGUUUUAUUCAUAACUGGCAAUUUUUCUUUCAGUUUGUGAUAAAAGAUUCUUUUGUAAAUUUUGGAUGCUCUUUGUCCGUUCAGUUUUUCUCAUGGCCGUGUUUUUUUUUUAAUAAUGGACUCUAUAUGUAUUAUUUCAUCACACAUUAAUUCGUCCAAGAACUAAAUGUUUUUAGAAAGCUUAAUUGCAGGACUAAGUCAUAGAACUCACUGCACCGUCACCUCAAUAUUUUCGAAUGUGCUCCAGUCGACUCCAGGGGCUCGAAUAGGUGGAGGAAGUAAUUUUCGCGAUCAAAAUAUCAUUUCUAACAUGCGAGCAGCGGCGCAAAACAAUUUCUACCGGAAAAAAUACCUAUUUCAAUCUUCAUAGGAGUCGAUUGGAUCGUUCAAAAUAUAUAUAUGGUUACAAGUAGUUAAUCUUUAAAGUUUGUGCACUUUGCGCAACAGUAAUAAAAGCUAUUCAAACAUGGCCGCACCUGGAGUCUUGAUGUAGGUCAGGAAUUCUAAUUUCUUUGUUGAGAGAAACGGGCAACACCAAAAAGGGGCAAGUGUCCAACGAUAAAAUUAUUGGACACUGCUGAACCAGUGCAAAUGACCCCUGGUGACAGAUUCGUAAAUGAUUGGCCAUACCAGCGGUGGGCAAUAACUCCUUUAUCGUCAUUUUUUGGGAUCCGAUUUUUUGUCAUUUUUGUUUUUAUUUCAAAUCACCAUAAAACAUUUGUGCGCAGAUACUCUGCUAGGGGUGGCCAUCAUGCGUGGCCCGGUCACGUGACGGCGCAUUGAUGAAAUAUGGUUUUUGUUAAAAUUUUAGUCAUGCAUAGUCACGUUUAAAACUGUUUAAUGUUUUAAACUAAGUCAAAAGUGGUGGAAGAAAAAUUGAUUUUUAAAAAUACGCAUUUACGGCUUAAUUUUUUUAUUAUAAUGAAUAUAUUACUUAAAAUAAUACAAGAUAUUUUAUGUAUAAUAAAUAACAUGUGUGGCUUAAAA